UCUAUAAUUAGUUAUUAAUUUUGGAUUGCCAGCUUUAUAAAUAGGUGUUAUAAUUGAAGUUUUAAAUUGUUUAGGUACGAUUCCUGUAUUAAAAAUACAAUUAAUUAUAUGCAUUAAAGGUUCCACUAAAUACACGGAUGUAGUAGUUUCAGAUGUUUUACUGUUAUACAAUCAAAUCCCGGGGCACUAAUGUGUUUUAAUCUAUUUAUGUGUUUUAUAAUAUCGUUUUCGCAUAUCGGUUUCAGAAACAUUGAUAUUUCAGUGACACAGGAAAAUCCACAUUACAUUCAGGGAUAUUUGUGAACAUAUUAGUGCCAAUAGUCGAAAAGACCUACAUUUUUCAUGCAUCCCUCGUAUACAAUAUUGCCUAGAACUGGAAUUCCUUGAGUUAGUCGCUCCAAUGUGACAAAUGACAUUUCUACCAUUCAUACCAACAUUCCAACGAUUUUGAAAUGUUUUGAUUUUUAUGUUUGACAACGAAGUAAAUUAUGGGCGGAAAUGUUUUAAUUAAAUGAUUAAAUUUUUUAAUAAUAAAUAAAAAACUACAUAUUAUAAGUAUGUGAAUUAAUUUAUUCUUUUCUGGUAAAGUAAUCUCAAAAUGCCUCCAAUGAAGGACGCAAAUAUUGUUAAAAUAGCUGUGGAAAUGACCGACCAGGUCCCACAGCUAAUAGAAUUUAAUCAAAAACAACCGCUCGCAGGGAUAAUCCAAGAACUGUGCAACGGAUGGAAUCUCACAGAACCAGAACAAUAUGCCCUACAGUUUAAUGAAAGUAACAACAACAAUUAUAUCACAGAAAAAAAUAGAAAUGAGAUUAAAAACGGGUCGGUAUUAAGAUUGCAGUAUUCCCCUUCAAAGACAGCUCAGGACAUUCUGUUGAAAUUAAACACAGGUACUCCAGAAGAAAAAACAACCGCUUUGAAUAAAUUAUCAAUUUUGAGCGCUGAUAUUACUUUUGCACUAGAUUUUAUCAAUAAACAGGGUCUGACUUUGCUAAUAAAACAAAUUGAAGGGGCCAAAUGCAAAGACAAAGUUUUGGCGCAUACCUUAUUAUCUUUUGUAGAGCUAAUGGAACACGGGAUUGUAUCUUGGGAUAUUUUAAAUGGUGAAUUUAUUUCUAGGGUAGCUAGUUUUGUUAAUACUCCCCAAGAACCGCAAGUUACACAGGCAGCAUUAUCUAUUUUGGAAAAUGUGGUUCUUAACAGUACUGAAGGAUAUGGACAGGUCGAAAGAGAAAUUCCCAUUGGUUCUUUAGUGACCCAUCUAUCGUCCACUCCAGUGGUGCAGCAGAAUGCUGUAGCUUUGAUCAACUCAUUGCUCUCUAGGGCUGAUGUAGCCAAAAGAAGAACCUUAGUGGCGACUCUAACCUCUAAACAAGUCAGGACGGUCAUCCAAAGUCACAUUUUGCAGACAGGUGCUGCGAAGGGCAACGAAAUGGCACAUCAGCUGUAUGUUUUACAAACGUUGAUGUUGGGGCUUCUGGAGCAAAGAAUGACAACGAAAAUGGACCCUCAGGAUCAAGAUGGCCAUGAUAAGAUCAAAGAACUUCGUCGUAUAGCUUUCGAAAGUGAAGGUGCGUCAAGUUUAAGAGGUCCAGGUGGUUUUACUCGAGAUUAUAAGAAAUUGGGAUUCAAAAAUGACAUCAAUCCUGCAUUAGAUUUCAAUGAAACCCCACCGGGACUGUUGGCUCUUGAUUGUAUGGUCUACUUUGCUAGGAACCAUCCAGAAAAUUAUACCAAGUUAGUGUUGGAGAACAGUUGUAGAGCGGAUGAGCAUGAGUGUCCAUUUGGCAGGGCUAGCGUGGAAUUGGUUAGGAUUUUGUGUGAUAUUUUAAAGAUAGGUGAACCACCUUCUGAACAAUGCGUCACUUAUCAACCAUUAUUCUUCACCCACGAUCACCCUUUCGAGGAAUGUUUCUGCAUCUGUAUAGUCCUUCUGAAUAAGACUUGGAAGGAAAUGAGAGCUACCGCAGAAGAUUUUCAAAAAGUUGCCAGCGUGGGUCAAGAACAGAUCGUUAGGGCUUUGGAGACUACUCCUGCUUCUCUAGAUCAACUAAAGAUUAAAUUACAUACUUUAACAUAUAAUGAGAUUACGCAGCUGUGGCAAUCCGAAAGGAACACCAGGGAGGAAUGGGAGUCCCACGCCAGGCCUGUAGUAGAACUGAGAGAACAAAUUACCCCCGAUAUUAUGGGGUUAAUCAAGCAGCAGAGACUGGCAUUUUUAGUUGAAGGUACGAGAUUCACGAAAUAUUCGCCUCGUGGACAGCGCAUAAAGGACAAAUUUUGGUACAUGCGACUGUCUCCGAAUCACAAGGUGCUUCAUUACGGUGACUGCGAUGAAAAAAGCGCCCCCUCAACUGAAGAAUUGCAAUCAAAACUGGCCGUAUCCGAUAUUAGAGCUCUAUUGGUAGGCAGAGAUUGUCCUCACAUGAAAGGAAGGAAGGCUUCAUAUCAAUUAGCUUUCUCGUUGGCAUUGGAAGGAGUGGAUUUGCAGUCCUUGGAUUGUGUGGCCCCUGACGAGCAAGCUUUGGCUUACUGGACUGACGGUAUCAACGCUCUAAUAGGAAACAGAAUGCAAAGCAAAGAAACUGAAAAAGAUCUGGAUACUCUUUUGAGUAUGGAAAUUAAAUUGAGAUUAUUAGACGCCGAAGGUGUAGCGAUUCCUCAGGAUCCCCCACCUAUCCCACCUGAUCCGCCACACUAUCAUUUUUGCUACGAUUUGAAAUGAAAAUAAACUUAUCUAAUUCGAAUCUGUUACCAAGUUUAUUAAUUUUUAAUUAACUGACAUUUUAAAUAAUCGAAAUAGCCAAUUUUUACUUUUUUAUGUCAUCUGUCAAAGUAACUAAAAUGACUGGUGACAGUUUAAAAAUAUUUUAGAAGCUAAAUAUCAGGCGAGUACGAAAAGUACACACUUUUAACACUUUCUGCUCUGACGUAUCUUUUAACUAGCGUUCUGUCUUCGAGCAUAUACAGAGCGCUGGUUAAAAGACGCGUCAGUUCAAAAAGCGUGUACUUUCCGUACUCACCAAUCAAAUUUGGAUAGAAUUGUUAUUAGGACAUCUGUCAAAGUAACUAAAAUGACUGGUGACAGUUUAAAAGUCAAUUUUUUGAAUAUUUUAGAUGAGAAAUAUCCAAUUUUAAUGGUUUUUUGCUAUGUCAUCUGUCAAAGUAAUUAAAAUGACUGAUGACAGUUUAAACGUCAUCAUUUUGAAUAGUUUAGAUGCGGAAUAUCCAAUUUUGACUGAUUUAUGUCAUGACAUCUGUUAAAGUAACUAAAAUGACUAAACGUCAACAUUUUGAAUAUUUUAAAGAUUAUUUUAAGGUACCUAAUUUUAAAUAUUAAUUUUAUUAAAAAAAAAUAAUUUUAUACCAUUAUAUAUAUCCAAGCCAAAUAUUUACAUGUAGGAUUAGAUUAGUGAUAUGUAAGACUAAUAAUUAUUAUCCAUUAUUUAAUGUGAUUUACAUUUUUUUAUCGAUAGAUC